UGAAAUCCACACAGAGAGGCAUGUUUGGUCCGGCUAAUGUGUGACAAAAUAUGAUGAUUCAUAUGUUUUAGGAAUGUGAAUUUUUCAUAAUUUGAGGACUUCAGGACAGCUGGACAAAUGAGCGUGCGUGCUUUGUGGAUUAUUUCUCACGAGAAGGGGGGAAAUGUGUCGAUACGCUUUUCCAGGAGGUUCUCCACUGUGGAGCACCGUGCAAAGCGCCUGGCAGGUUCAUCAUAUGUAGCAGUCCCUGAGGAGAGCACUGUGCUGCAGCUCCUGCUCACUGAGCUGGGCCUUUCAGACUCAGACAAGCCUUAUGUAGCUCUCAGAGAUGACUGCCUUCAUUGCCAGCGGUCACCAGCCCUGGAGCUGCAUGUGGACAGUCCGAGAAAGGGAAUACUUUGGCCCAUGUUGGCCAUCUCUCAUGGUCCUCUUAUCCUCGCUUGCCUACCUUUAGUGGAUGCCCCUCCUGAGCCACGGCCACCGCUGGCCAACCUGCUGUCUGUCUCACAGGGCCUCACACUCCUGGCAGGCCUGCAGACCUUUCUCCUCGGCUUGGGGAGUAAGCCUGAUACCGAGGGACUGGCCUCUCGCCUGGCAAUGCUGCCCUCUGUACUUUUGCAGCUUUGUCCACUUGGCACACCCCUGGAUGUGCCAGUACAGGGGGCACCUACUAUGCCCACAGUACCUACACCUGCUGGGAACCAGAAGCAGCCGGCCUGGAAGACAGGGCUCCAUCGUGGUCGGGCUGUUGUGAAUGUAGCACUGAAGGAAACAGUACGCUCCAUGCAGUAUGGGAACCGGAGCAGACAGGACCUCUGGGAUGUUUAUGGCACGGUGACAUGCAAAUGUGAAGUCGAGGGGGUGCUCCCAAAUGUGACAGUGACCCUCACACUGCCACCAAAUGGUUCUCCGCUCCAGGACAUCCUGGUUCAUCCCUGCGUCACCUCACUGGAUUCUAGUAUCCUGACUGCCAGCAGCAUAGAUAAUGGUGAUGGCUCAGCUUUCUCUGGACCAUAUAAGUUCCCCUUCUCUCCUCCUCUGGAGCCUUUCAGACUGUGCAGCUACACAUCUCAGGUUCCUGUUCCCCCUAUCCUUGGAUCCUAUCAGCUGAAGGAAGAAGAGAACCAGCUGCGUGUGUCAGUAACCCUCAAACUUCACGAAAGUGUGAAGAAUAGCUUUGAGUACUGUGAGGCUCAUCUGCCCUUCUUUAACAGGGAUCACAUGAAUGUUGUGGAAGUGAAGGUGAGCUCUGGACAACUGGAUGCUUCAAAGGAGAAGAACUUGCUGGUCUGGAACCUGGGACAAAAGUUCCCUAAAUCUCGUGAGGUCACGAUGGAAGGCAGGAUCACCUUUUCGGGGCCAACACCAGGACCUACUGACCCCCUCUGCACAGAACUUACAGCCUACAUCAAAUUGUAUUUCAAGGUGCCUGACAUGACGCUGUCUGGAUGCUGUGUGGACCAGCAUUCAGUGCAGGUUUAUUCCUCUGCCAAACCACGGAUUGCAACAUCCCGAGAACUUCAAUCCAAGGAGUACUUCAUAUGGAAUUCAACAGGUACCGCUCCGGUGUCCUCUGGGCAGAUGAUGCUGUAGCACGGAUCCAUAAAGAUUAGCCUGAUGGAAAGUUGCACAGUUCAUUAUAUAGUAAUGGCACUGAGGAUCCAGACUGGAUAUGUGACCCCAUUAAAUUCACUUGUUACUAUGUUGUUGCUGGAGUGCUCACAAAUGAGAAUUGAAAGACCAGUCAAAAUGGUUUAUGGAUUUUACAUUACCUAAUAUUCACAUGCAAAGGACAAAAUAAUUUGGCUUUCACUCGGGACAGAUCACAGUCUUUGAACUUUGACUGGUGGAAGCAUUGAUUUGGUUGAUGGAUGGCUAUUUAAAAAAAAUACUUUCCCCUGUAAUCCAACUUCUUUUAUCCUCCAGCCUUCACCCUCCCUCCAAUUUAUCCCAUUGCAGACACAAGGGCCACCCCUCGCUCUGACAGUCCCACUUCAGUGACUCUCCAUCAGCCGGAUAAUUAGCAGCUGGGACCUUGUCAUCAGCUGUUGUGGGCCUGGAGGAGAGGGGUGGCUGUGCUGUGAAAGGCCAUGCUGCUCUGGCCAGUGUUUUGGCUACAAAAGGCUCCUCUUUUAGAGCUGGCAGGAGUCCUUACCCCUACCAAUCACUCACCCCCACCUCUUUUGACCCCAUCCCCGCCCUGUCAACUAGUGGUUAGUUCAAACACCCAACCUCUCCAGCCAGACUCUGAUUGAGCCCUGACCCUCUGGCCCUCUAAGGCUUUAAAAGCAGCCGGUCCUAUUCAGUGUGCAGGACCUGCCUAAUUGGUGAAAAAGUCACAAGGGUGGUAACGGUUGGGUCACCUCUUGAGGUUGCAGAGGUGCCUUAACUCAAUUAAUGUAGAACUUGAAGUAUUUGUUUUUGAUCUUUCUUGUUCUAACACAAAUGUCAGGGCAGGACUCCCUUUAACUUUACUUAAUUAUAUAGAAUUUAUUUGAAGAGAUUCACUGCGUUUCAGAACCUUUUUCACAGUUUGUGAUUAUUUUUACCUGAACUAUGACAAGUUACAUACUAACUCUGUUGCAUUUCUGCUACGUAAGCUCCACCUCAGUGUAUUAAGUUGAAUGAAUAACUAGCUGAUGAAGGGUUAAAUCAGAGGAUAUUGUGCCCCACUAUUCCACAGCAGCCAGACUCCUCUGAGUGCCCUCAUUGUCUGCUGUUGGCCUCUUGUGCCCCUUGCUGGUCCAAAUGCUACAUUCUCACGUGGAUUUCCACUCAGAAGGCUGACCAUGACCAAUCCUCUGUCAAUUGGAACCAAUUGCUCACACGGCAUCCUUCACCUUCUUUUUAUGUAGCGGUGCGGAGUGGCAGACACCAGGACCUCUCGGCUCUCCCCCUCCACGAUGACUUGGCUUUAAGGCCUAGUGUGUGUGGCUAGCGAACUGGAAAGGGAGACGUUUUUUUUGAAGAGUUGGGCCACUCUAAAUCUCCUCAGUAUCCCAAUAUGUGGUCAGUCUGGCUCCUCAAGUCUGCAGUCUCUGGCCUCUCACUGGCAGACUUUGCUUUGUUGAUUGAAUGGCUUGCUAAGUAGAUGGACUCGUUUUAAUGUGUUGCUCUGCUCCAGUGCCUUUAGCCCAUACCUUUGGGCCUUCAACUCUGUUGUGUUUUUCAGAGCCAUUAAUUUAUUCCAUCAUUGUUUAUUCUUGUAUACACAGAUACAUAAAAGGGAUUAAUACUUAUGUACAAUAAUCAUCAAAAUAAAAAUCACAUGGGCCAAAAAUAAAUUUGUGAAAGUUAAACAGCAGAAUAGAUUGUCAUAAAUCAUGUUAAUACAUCCUUAGGUUGCAUAGCUGUAAGUUCUCAAAAUAUUUUCCAUACCAAAACAUUUACUACACUACAUUAUACAUCACAAGAUACAAGAUCACAUCACUGUGUCCUUCAGCCCAAUAAUGACACCCAGUGGUAGAGCACAAUAUAGUCGGUGUUUGACUCUUCAGAUUUCUUUAAUGCAGUUCUAUGCCCAUUUCUUCCAUUGAAAUAGUUCCACUCAGCCACUGCCAGAUAAUCUUUGUUUAUUUAAUUCUUGUCCAGCCCUCUGCUGUGUGAUGUGAGUUUAGCCAUGUGCACCGAACACACCGUGCCUGAGGACCUUGCUUUUGUCGGGCCGCUGUGGCCACAGGUGUUUGGUUGGAGUCCAGUUCCUCUCAGCCUCUCUACACCCGCUAAGAGCCAGCCUCAGGGAGACCACUUGAAGAAUGAUGGUGCAAUUAGCAGCUUCCUGUUUUCAGUCUAAUUAUUCUUCAAGAGCUGCAGAUCUUUUCAAAUAAUGGGAUAUCUUUGGAUGCUGAAGGAUUCUUUUGUGCUAAUUUCUAUACCAAGCAUCCAGUAAUAGAGCAGGAGCUUCAAAGCUGGCUGAUCCGAAUCCCUUUGAACUCUUUGAACUAAAUAGAAAGUUUAUUUUUGGAUGUUUGUAGGAAGGCAACAGGAGUGUCAGAUUCACUGCCUCGAUGGCAGGUUUUCUCACUUUAGUGUGUCCCUUUCACCUGUAGAGGGCACCAUAAACUUAAUCAUGCAAGGAAAAUGUACUGACGAUCCUGAGUUUGUUGGUAAUUAUGAUUUGAUGCCAUUGCUGCCCAUACGAUGCAGUGACCAUUAUGACUUUUAAUUUGUUAAAGCCAAUUAAGCAAAAAACUCCAAGACCAUGAUUGACUGAGAGAAAUAAACCUUUUUUGGUUGUUUUGCGUUACAACAGCCAAGAUAGUGAUAUUGCAUAACCUGGUGUUUAACUCUGUUCUGAUCCAGGUUGCUAAAUGCAAAAAGUUCUCUUACACCUGCUCUCAGUCCAAGAUUCCUCUUCUACCUCUGAUCCUCCCUGUCUGACAGCUUCUGGCAGGUUCAGGCCACAUCCAGCCAUCUCCCUGUAUUUUACCCCUGUCUUCUAUUUUUUCUAUUUCCCUCUCAGCCAUUCAGGACAAGUUUUUGUCUAAAUAUAGUCCCCUGUGCCCAGUUUGUUGAACAGUUUUUUCCUCAUGUCUGCUUUUGGGACCUUGAGCUCGAUCACUCUGGAUCGCAUCUGCUGCUUUGCACAGGUGCUGUUUGUUGGGCUGAUGGAGGAGUGGUAGAGAUUUUGGCUCCAGAAGGCAGCUUGGGUCCAGACGUUCUCCUUUGGUCUCAUCGCAGAAGAUGUCCCUCUCUGUGGGCCUUCUCACAAGUUUCAGCCUGUGGUUCCCUUCUGUAUUUGGACCUCCGACUAAAGGUCCAAAUGAAACGAGCAGAUGAUGUUAGAAUCAAUUUAUAGAAAACAUUCAUUUAGACUUUGUCCCAGUUUUACUUGCUGAAAUAAUAAUUUCCAUUCCUACCAUUAACUGUGUAGACAACCUUAUGUCUUCUCUGCUCUCUGGCUU